AUGUACAUGGAUAUUCUCGAACAGGAGGUGGAGGACCUCAGUGCGGAGGUGACGCGGCUACGUCUCAUGGUGCACCGUGUGACACAGGUGAUGGAGGCGCCUAUUCCAGGUCACCACCACCACCGCCACGUUGACCCACUGCACGUGGCACAACCUCCUACAGCCACCAACUCGGGUGACCUGGCAGAUUUACAGGUAACCGUAGACUCAUACAAGCAGCUGCUACCGCUGAUACAACGGCUUCUGGCCCAGCAGCAGCAGUGCAGCGGUGCUAAAGACACCAUCAGCGAGCAAAGGCGAAAGACGUCACGCCACUCCCGUCAUAAGCGGAGAAAUCGCAGACCUGAAUCUUCUUGCCGGACUGGGUCAUGCAGUUCUCCAUCCGGCUCAGGUGCCACGUCGCCAAGAAGUCGGCCACAGGGAUCCGCCGCACCCUCAUUCACGUUAGCCUCCUCACACCAUCACCAUAACAAGCCGACAAGCCCUGUGUCGCACCUGAAGACGGGGCCAGCACGCUCAUUGUCCUCCUCUUCCCCCCAGAAGUCUACAGUGGUGAAAGAGGAUGACCAGAGGGUGCGUCUUGAGCCUGCAGUGGCUCAGGGGUCCGGUCAAACCCCCUUCGCCGACCAGCGUCGUACGAGCGCCGUCUCCAUCCAUGAGACGUCAACACAAGAGGAGCCACCAGCGGCAAACGAGCAGGAAAAAGCCCUGGAUAGCAGCGCUGCGAUGCCAAUGGCGGAGUUGCGGAGCUGCUCGGGGGCCACAUCGCUAUCAGAGUCGACACGGCGUCGCAUGUAUGUCAUGAACGCUAGCACAGUCGCUAAAACCCAGAAGAAAAGUGCACCUGCGACAGUGUCGACAGCGGCCGCCUCUCCGCACCGCCAGUCGGCUACAGACACCUCACGUAAACUGCAGCGGCCGCCAUCAGAACAGGAGACAGAGAGCCGCACUGCUUUGAGCCAAGCGGAGGGGAUGGGCUACCAGAGUCUCUCAGCUCCCCUCCCCGGCGAUGGGAUGCUACACAGAUUCUCAGAGUCGCCCCUGUCCAGCAAGCGCGGCUCCCUCCAUUCCUGUGCCUGGCCACACGGUAGUGUGGCAAACAGCAUUGUUCACAGUGAGCAAGGUAUCUACAACUACAGCGCCCUGCCAUCACUCUACAACUCGCCUGCUUUGAGCCAUGUUCUGGAGGACACCUUAGCAGGAACGAAGGCAGCCCCAGUUACGUGGACCCCAUCGUGGGCACCGCCACAGCAGGACUCCUCUUUGCAAGAGAGACACAAGCAGCCGCGUCUGCAGAUGAGUGCACUCUCGUAUGCGCCGGAAAACGCGUCAUCCUCGAGUGACACCUCUGAGGAGAGCACUGGAGCGGAUACGGCAGAGCGGCAGAAUGUUCUGCAGACAAUCAUCUCGACCCCGUACAGAGGGGGCGUGAUCCUCGGUGUCCGCCAACCCAUUAGCGUGCAGUCACUGAACAGCCCCCCCGCUUCUGUCUCGACUGCUGUGAAUAUGCGUGGUGCUGGAGGCAAACUAACUGCAGCGCAGGCGCCCAGUCCUGACGGGUGCGCUAACACCGUGUCACGCACGAAUCCGUUGCCGGGCUUACGUCCCGUCUCCUCCGAGAGCAGAGGGACCACAUCGUCCUCAUCCGAUGAUGCUACCUUCCGUCACCCUCGGCUGCAUAACCCCACCGAGGCACACCACCGCGAUUCGAGCUUCCACAAUUACUCUGACGCAGCAUCGUCGCAGGACACCGGAGCUCGUAGCUCGCAGCGAACACCUCCAGACCCCGCCGCGUCGCAGAGUCACGAUCCCUGCGACUUCGCUUCCUACGCGCUGCAGCACUCCGUCCCGCAAUCCCUGCGGCAGAAAGACAUCGACGCCUCGCCGAGCUCUUCGCAGGAGCUUCUGCACUCAAUAUCCCCAUACCAGCUAGCACAGAGCAUUUCUCUCAGCGCCUCCUCGGUGAGUCGCCAAGGUUCCAUUGCGGCUGGGGGGUACUACUACGGUUACAACUUGGCAAUCGGCAUCCCGAGUCAGUCAAGCAUGUCGUCUUCCCCCCUUGCUGGCGCAUAG